CGUUACGUCAUUUCCGUACUAGUAAUUAACCACACGUGAAGUCUGACAGAAGUAAACAAGAAAAAUAUGUUUUAUUUAGUAGGACUUGGGUUAGGUGACGCAAAAGACAUAACAGUAAAAGGUUUAGAAAUAGUGAGGAAUGCUAAACGUGUUUAUUUGGAGGCAUACACAUCAAUUUUGACUGUUGGCAAAGAUGCUUUGGAGACUUUCUAUGGUAGAGAUGUGAUCCUAGCAGACAGGGAUAUGGUAGAGACAGAGUCAGAUACAUUGUUGGCUGACUCUGAAAGAGAAGACAUAGUAUUCCUUGUAGUUGGUGAUCCAUUUGGAGCUACCACUCACACUGAUCUGGUGUUACGAGCGAAACAGAAAGGUGUUCAAUACAUAGUGAUCCAUAAUGCUUCCAUCAUGAAUGCAAUUGGAUGUUGUGGUCUUCAGAUUUACUGAUUUAGUGAUACAUUUUCAAUAGUAUUCUGGGAUGAUAUUGGAAACCAGACAGUUUUUAUUGAUAAGAUAUGUACAAACCUACAGAGAGGCAUGCACACACUGUGUCUACUAGAUAUAAAAGUAAAAGAACAAAGUAUAGAAAAUCUUAUGAAAGGCAGAAAAAUAUAUGAGCCACCUCGUUACAUGUCUGUUAGUUUAGCAGCUGAACAACUUGUUGAGAUAAUUCAAAACAAAAAAUCUGACGGACAGACUGAUUUAUUAUUAGAUGAAGACAGUAUAUGUGUGGGUGUGGCCAGAGUUGGAGCAGACACACAGACAAUUUGUACCUCCACCCUGAAGAGUAUGACUUCCUGUGACCUUGGGGAGCCAUUACAUUCAUUGGUUAUACCAGGGCAUAUGCACCCAUUAGAACUUGACAUGUUAAAACUAUUCACUACAGAUGAAAAUGUUAUACAAAAAUUAAAUAAUUUGUACACAUGAAAAUAAA